AUGGUAAAAAACUCGAAAGAUGAUUUUGACAAAUAAUGAUAAUACAUAAUGGCUCCAAUUAUUUUCCAUUUGUUGAAGCAGAGGGAAAGUUUCAGCAAUGGCGGCCAUGAAUCUCGUUUCAGCUAGGGUUCACUCUUUCAAUUAAAAGUGAGGAAAGGGUUUUCAAUUUCGAAAUCCAAGGGCUACAAAUUGGGACCGCGAGCUACUUUGGUAGAACCGGGAGGUAGAAGCCGGACCAAGAGGAGAUGGUUCUUCGGCGACUCUGUAGACGUCGAGAGGGGACCCUGCGACGGACCUUCAGACGGAGGCCAAGGCCACGGCACGAACCGUCAAUGCCUCCUUUACAGCCUCGAGCUUCUUGCCAACAAGUAUGGGUCACGACUGACGACCUGUCCAGGUGGUACGAGGUUACAGUCAAGGAGAAUGAGAUGGUAGAGUUGAAGUUAGAUGAUGGGGAAGAAGAAGUGAUGUUAUUGCCUACUGAGUUUGAUUCUCAUAAAUCAAUCUGCGAGUUUUGCUUGGUUGGUUGUUCCCUUACGGCAAGCAUAGUCCAUUUUCCAAAAAUGAGGAGUACGAUGGCCAGCCUCCGGUAUCCUUUAGGGAGUGUUAAGAUCUCAGUUUUGGGGGAAAGGAGAUAUUUGUUUAAGUUUUUUCAUAAGAUGAACAUCGAAUGAGUGAUACAUUUGGCUUUGUCGACUUUCAAUAAUAAUUUUUUGAUUAUUCAUCAACUCGAGGAGAACGAAGAUCCAAUGCAAGUUUCUUUAAUUUUUUUUCUUU